UGGACUGCAGCUCCCGGCGUGCUCCGCGGCGGCUGUCGUGGCGGCGGUGUUGUUUUCUGAGGGGCGGAGCAGCGAGAGGCUCUCGGCAACGGCAGGAGGGCGAAGGAGGGAGGAGGAGGAGGAGAGGAUGGUGGCGGCGGAGGCGCUGGUUGCUGAAGGAGGAGGCGAAGGAUGGAGUCCGGUGAGGGGCUGGCGGGGGAGGGCGCGUGUGAGAGGGGGAGAAGCGAACCUUUCCCACCCCCUAUUUGUGCCUGUGAAGCCCAGAUCUCCCCCCUCCCCUGCCUGACCGUUAAGUCCGCCUGCUUGUUUAUACCGUGUUAAGCCCAGCUCAGAGUAGACCCACUGGAAUUAAUGAGCCUAAAUUAGCCCGCGCCCAUUAGCUUCAAUGAGUCUACUCUUGAGUAGAGAUUUGAUGCAGCUCAGGGUGCCCAAACGCAACAUGUUCGCUGCUUGCUUGGGAAUCACAUAUAAAGAAGGAAAAACUGAAAACUGGUGCUGUUUGCUUGUGCUUCUUUAUAUCUAUCUAUAUCUGUAUGUGCGGGUUGUGUCCAACUAAGUCUUAAUCGAGAGUAGAUACACUGAAAUAAACAAACUCGAGUUAUUUCGUGCCCGUUAGCUUCAGUUUGAGUAGGGCUAAUAUUGGAUGUGAUUCACAAACAUCAGCAUGUUCACUAUAUGAGAUUGCUCGGCAUCAUGCGGGGGGGGGGGGUACUUAAAACUGGGUCGGUCGGUCUGGUUUGUUUAUAUGUGUGGGUUCUAUCCACUCGGGAGUCCUACUUGGAGUAGACUCAUCAAUGGGAUGUAUGCCUAUGUUUGUGUGUGCAUAGGGUUGAAGCUUUAGGUAUUUUUAUUAUCAAUAGGAUGGCUAUUUUGUCAAAAUUGUGUGUCUGUAGUUUUCAGAAUUGUGUAUAUGUAAUUUUCAAUGUGUGCAUGUCCAACAUACAUAUUUAUUUUGGUGUCUGUAACCUGCAGUAUCGUGAUUCUGGUAUUUUUAAGCUAAUUUGAUGCAUUGUUUGUAUUCCAUAUUUAUAUCCUGCUUUUCUAUUAAAACGAAGUAUUAGAGCCAAAAACAAAAAAACAAAAAAACAAUAGCAAUGGUGGGUGAGGGGAAGAAAUGAAAACCAGAACAAGAUGUACAGCUGACCUUACUCUGUUGUAAGAAUAACUGAUCUUCUGGUUUUGACAGAGUAUGGAAAGAUGGUAGGGCUCCUCACCCUAAAUCACAAUUGGUUUCACUGGCCCUUUUCCCUGUGUGCUACUGUUUAAGCUCAUAGCUGAGGGGCAUGACAAGAUUGAAGUGUGUGUGAAAGGAGAUACCGUAAUUCCCUACAGCAUCUGAUGCUACUGACAAAAUCAUAUUAUAUUUUUGAACAUUCAGUGUGCUUCACAUUGUGUCAGUCAGUACAACAAACCAGCAAGGUUUCUCCUAUGAGGACAUAGCUGUCAAGUGUCCCUUAUUUGAAGGGACAGUCCCUUAUUCCAGCGCCAUGUCCCGCUGCUGUCCCUUAUUGAUGGAUGUCCCUUAAAUGAUGUUCCUUAAAUUUCAAAGGUAGCAGCUCCUCUCCCUCCCUCCCUGCCAGCCAGCCAGGAAGGAGGGAGGCUCCAACUGUGUUGCUUGGCUGUGUUGCUCACCCAAUAAGAAGUCUAAGAAAGACUGGGGGGUGGAGCUUGCAUGCCUUGUGUGUGGCUAGUUAAUGCAAGCUGAGGGGUUUUUUGAAUGCUGGGCGCCAUUUUGUUGCACAUGCUGCUGCAAACUUUGAGGUGCAAAGCCAGGCCGGGGAGGCAUCUUAAGUUGUGGCUGCAUAGGCCUUGUGGUGCAUGUGAUUCAGAUUCUAUUCAGUUGAACCUCUGGUUACAAAGUUGGUUGGACAGUGUUCUCGAAGCUACCAGAAUGAGUUUGGCCAGCCUGCAGGAGGACAGGAAGACUGGAGUGCCUGGAACAGGUGAGGCUGCAGGUCCCUUAUUUUGGCUGCUGGUCCCUUAUUUUCAAAUCUGUAAGUUGACAGCUAUGUAUGAGGAUGAGGGAGAGAGAGAGGCUUGCUAAGCCUUCUUGCUAAUGAGUCCAUGACAGAGGUGCAAUUUGAACUAAUGACUUUCUGAGUUGUAGCUCAAUCUCCUAGUUAGCAUCAAGAACUUACAAUAGUCGAUACCUUCCUUUUAUUGGAGGGGAAGGAAUUCCACUGAGUGCAUGCCACCACAGAAAUAUCCUACCUUGGGUUGUUGCAGCUAAUAGUGGUGCCAAUAAGAGAGCCUCCUUUGAUAUCUUUACAGAUAGGCACAUCUGUAUGGUAGCAGCAUUUCCUCAGAUAUCCCAAGUUAUAGAGGCUUAAUAUAUCUGCAAGAGUACCUUAAAUUUGUCUUGGUAACAAAUUGACAGCAAGUACAGCUCCUUCCUAAUUGAUUAAAUAUGGUCAUGGUAAUAAUAAUAAUAAUAAUAAUAAUAAUUUUUAUUUAUACCCCGCCCUCCCCAGCCAAGGCCAGGCUCAGGGCGGCUAACAAGCAAUAAUAAAAAUAAGUUGAAUGAAUACAACUUAAAAACAAAAUUAAAAUAUGACAUUAAAAUAUUGAAAAAUGGUAGGCUGCCCCAUUCAGCUGCUGCCUCAUUGUGCACUAGUUGCAGCUCCCAAACUUUCUUUUAAAGGCAAUCCUGCACAGGGUACUUCAAAUUAAUCCAUUCUUGAGAUUACCAAUGCAUUGGUCACUGUAGUCAGAACCUUCUUUUUUGGGAACAGCUGUAGCUGGUGUACCAGCCAAAGCUGGUAAAGGCACUCCUAACCACUGAGGGUAUGUGAGUCUUCACUGACAAUGAAGCAUGUCCAGACCACGCACGUUCUCCUUCAGCAGGUGUACAGUGCUGUCCAGAGCAGGCACACCACCUAAUUCCUAGGUCUGGAGCCACCCACUUAAAAGGCUUUAUUCAGCUCACCACUGUGUCCAGGCACUAGUCUAGGACCUUCACAACUACACCUGUCUCAGAUGUUACAGAGAAGCAGUAUUGGGUGUCAUCUGCCUAUUGAUAAUACCUCGCUCUAAGUCAUUCCUACCAUCAUCAUAUAGAUGUCAAACAAGAUUAGGGAAAAGAGGAUAUGUAUGGCACCCCACAGCAUAGUUGCCAGGGGGCCCAAGGGAUACCAUCAAUUGUAUCAAAAGCAUCAUGGAGAUAAGGUUUGCUGUGUUCCUGGACUAGGCCGAAACCCAAACUGGAACAGAUCUACAUAAUUUGUUCCCUCCAAGAGUGCCCCACUUAAAAGACCACCACCUGCUUUCUGGAAUAACAGCACAAUCCUAACCAUGUCUACUUAGAAGUAAAUCCUGUUGAAUUCAAUGGGGCUGAUUUCCAGGUAAGUGCAGUUAGGGCUGCAACCUAAGCGAAUUUUAUGAGCAAUCCCCAGGGGCAGACGCAUAUAUUAUACAUUGCAGGAAUCUAAUCUGGAGUUUACUAGAAUGUGGAUGAUCGACCAGGCUCAUUUUGUUACAGCAGCCUUGUCUAGUGAAAGGUGCCACUGAGGCCACUUGAGCCUCCAGUGACAAAGGACUGCAGUGUUGUUUACUGCUAUUAAAAUGAGUUAGAAUUUCUUAUGAUCACCAGCCCAAAAUGCAAGCAUAACAAAGCAUUCUUUUUACCAUUUAUCUUGAAUCUUUCAAAAAGUGAUCAGUGGUAUUGACCCACCAUCACAAACUGUGUUAUUUUCCCCAGCCCAUGUAAUAACACUGACUAUAUGUGUAGGUACAUGAGCUGACAUAUGUCUAGUUGAAUAAGUUCUGUAUGAAGUUGCAAAUGAACUUGCAAAUUAGAAGGCAGGGGUCCAACUCCAAAAGACAAGUUGAGGCUGCUUUCCACCACUUAUUCCUGCAGUAAUCUAUGUCCAGUAAAAAGAGCUGUAGAGUUACUUUUGUAAGCCUUAAGACUCCCACAUCUAGGCUCCUCAGCCACCUCCUUGCCAUGCUGAUGUCAUUCUAACCCACCCUGCGUGUUCCUGGCUGCAAGCCCCUUUGUGGUUUCUGUGUCUGAAGCGUUAAGUAUAAUUGUGGGAAAUUAACUCUAGUUUCCCCACCUUGUCUAGUACUUGAGCUGCUGAGUCCAUCUGCAAAUCCUGAGGCUUAGAUAGUGUAGGGUGGGAUUGGUUACUAACAUAAUCCAGUGAUGUCCCUAUACAACAGUCUUGUUGCAUGUUACAGCAUUGACACAACUCUUACGUUACAAAAGAAAACAUCAUAGUUCUGCAUAACUUGUAGUGCAAAUGGUUUUGUUCAGUUGAUUUCUAUAUGUAUUAGCCCUGUUCUAGGAUUUUGAGGUGGUUUGCUUUAAUUUUAUGAUCACAGCAACUCAGAAAUUGUUUAAGUUGAGAGAUGGUGACUUGCCAAAUUUGUAAGAUCUAUGACUAAAUGGGGAAGCAUAAAUUCAAACAAAGUUUGCUUUGUUUUAACCUAGUUUUGCAGUGAAAGCAAAGUUGCUUGCCUACAACUGGAGACAGAAAUGUUACAGCAUGACACAUAAUGCAGACAAGACAUACAAAACUUUUAUAUCUGUCAAAAACUCACUCUGACUCUUAUUUUUAUUUCCAAACUUUUAAAAAAGGCUAUCCUUGUAGUAAGGACUUGGAAAUGAGAGAAGCCAAACCUUGCCAGAGUUUCAAAUGUGAAACGAUGAAUUAAGAAAAUCUAGUUUUCUUUUAAAUGUCACAGUAGACUUUGUAUUAAAAUAACUGCACAGUCUUAAGCUUGAAACCUAAAUGGUUAAAAAUUUCCAGUUCCUUUUGGAAAAAUAAACAGGACUCGGGCAGUGCAUGCAAAGAGUGUCAUGCAGAUGCUUUUACGUGGGAAAUUAAAGUAUCAAAGGUUAGUUCAUGCCUGCUUUUAUGGCACUGGUGAAUGAUCAGUCUGCGCUGCAGCAUAUUUUUAAGCAUAGAAAAAGUCAAUUAAAAUGUCUGGUUAAUUUUUGCUUUAUUUAUUUGCUUAUUUUUCCUCAUUUGUAUCCUGCAUCUUCCAAGUUAUAACUAAUCAAGUUAUUAAUUGCAAGCUCUGUGUCAACCCCCUCUCGUUUUUGUUUUACUCAAAAGGUAAUUAUUGAAACUUGAGAUUUUCACUAUACAUCAACGAACUAUGUUUUAUCUUCUCAGAUAUUUUUAUCACACCUUUUCAUCACUUGAUAUAUCCACUUUAAGUGGAUUAUCCCUCAGAAAUAACAAGAAUGAGAAUCCUUGAUGUUACUAAGAGCUGAAUCAGGUUUUUAAGAAUCACAUCACUACACGCACAUACUUCUUUUGCUUGAAAACAAAUAGUAUUUCAUGACACUAAGCUUAGCAAAGGAAGUUGCUGAAAAUGAAAGACACAGAAGCCUGCCUUUUAAACCAUAUCAUGAACUGAAGAAUUGCUGACAUUAGGCUGCUUUGACCUUUUAAACAUUACACUUGCUUGUUUGAAGGAGCUCACAGCAGCAAUUUAGUGUUACAUCUUAUUCUUUUCUGUUUUAGUACAGUUCGUUCUAGUUGAGGUUGUAGAUAGUAGUAGCAGUAAUUUCAGUAUGGUGUUACAUACUGCUUUUCGCUGAGACUUGUUAUUGCUUGUUUAAAGGAGCUCACAGCAGCAAUUUAGUGUUACAUCUUAUUCUUUUCUGUUUUAGUACAGUUCGUUCUAUUUGAAGUUGUGGUUAGUAGUAGCAGUAAUUUCAAUAUGAUGUUAUGUGCUGCUUUUCGUUGAGACUUAUUGUCAUAAUAAAAAAGAAUGCAAAAAGGGGAAAAAGCAAUGUGAUGCAGAACCAGAACUCUGUCUUCACUAAAACUAAAUAUAUUGGGAUAUAUACAACAUUACUCAUACUUGGAGAAAAUCAAUUGAAAUAAUUGAGUGCAGUCUAUUGCUGAGUUGUCUUAUCAACCAUUAUUAUUAGAUAAGCUUUUAGCAGUUCGACUUUCACAGUAAAAUCCUUAUUAUGUCCCUCUUAAAUGAACAUAGUUUUAUAUUUGAUUGGCCAAAAUCUAAGCCAGUGUUAAGAGUAAGCUCAUUUUUUGUCUUUGGGUGUGUAAAGGUAAAGGUAAAGGGACCCCUGACCAUUAGGUCCAGUCGCGGACUCUGGGGUUGCAGCGCUCAUCUCGCUUUAUUGGCCGAGGGAGCCAGCGUACAGCUUUCGGGUCAUGUGGCCAGCAUGACUAAGCCGCUUCUGGCGAACCAGAGCAGCACACGGAAAUGCCGCUUACCUUCCCACCGGAGCGGUACCUAUUUAUCUAUUUGCACUUUGACGUGCUUUCAAACUGCUAGGUUGCAGGAGCAGGGACCGAGCAACAGGAGCUCACCCCAUCGCAGGGAUUUGAACCGCCAACCUUCUGAUCGGCAAGUCCUAGGCUCUGUGGUUUAACCCACAGCACCGCCUGCGUCCCUUCUUUGGGUGUGUACAACAGUUCUAUAGGGUGGUCACUUUUACUUGCAUUUUACACACGAAAUAACUUGAUUUCUAGAUAAUGAACAGUUCACAUCCAACCAUGGUAGAGGUGGAAACUCAAUCCAGGUCUAGAUAGGAAGAUGCCUGUUUACAGCUCAGAUUAUUUCUCCAUCUUGUCCAAUAUUGUUUGGUAGUGGUAGUGGCUGGUAGUGACUCAUCAGGAUCUUGGGGAGAGUGGGGUCUUUCAGUAACUUGUCACAUGAUCCAUUUGCUGCCAUGGAUUGAACUUGGGACAUUUUGCAUAUCAAACAUGUGGUCUACCAACAGAGGGUCCUACCCCAAAGCCUCCUUAGUAAGAAACAAUCUUCCUCACUUUCUUAUGUAGUUAUAGUACUUACCGUAUUUUUUGCUCUAUAAGACUCACUUUUUCCCUCCUAAAAAGUAAGGGGAAAUGUGUGUGCGUCUUAUGGAGCGAAUGCAGGCUGCACAGCUAUCCCAGAAGCCAGAACAGCAAGAGGGAUUGCUGCUUUCACUGCUUCUGAGAUUCAGAAUAUUUUUUUUCUUGUUUUCCUCCUCCAAAAACUAGGUGCGUCUUGUGAUCUGGUGCGUCUUAUAGAGCGAAAAAUACGGUAGUUGUCUGGAAAAGUAACAUCUGGGCAAGACUAUAGUUAAAAGUUCUGGAUCUCAAGCAUUCUUUUAAUGUUUUACAUGUAACACAGAAAAACGGGGUCUUACUAUUGUUGUUUAAGAUUCUAUUUUACAUUGAUGAGGAACCUGUGGCCCCUCAGAUGUUGUUGGAUUCCAACUCCCAUCAUUUUUGGAUAUUGUCUGUUCUGCCUAGGGUUGGUGGGGGUUGGAGUGCAACAACAUCUUAAGGAAUACAGAUUCAGUACCCCAUGUGUACAGGAUUGAGUAUAUUAAUAAUAAUAAUGCUAAUUUAUUACUUAUACCCCGCCCACCUGGCUGGAUUUCCCCAGCCACUCUGGGCGGCUUCCAACAAGAGAUUAAAAAUACAUUAAAACAUCAUUCAUUAAAAACUUCCCUAAACAGGACUGCCUUCAGAUGUCAUCUAAAUGCCAGAUAGUUGUUUAUUUAUUUGUCAGCUGAUGGGAGGGCGUUCCACAGGGCGGGCGUCACUGCCGAGAAGGCCCUCUGCCUGCUUGCCUAUAACUUUGCUUCUUGCAGUGAGAGAACCGCCAGAAGGCCCUCGGCGCUGGACCUCAGUGUCUGGGCAGAAUGUUGGGGGUGGAGACACUCCUUCAUAAAAGAAGCCAUGAUUCUACUUUCCCCGCUAUUUAGUGUGGUAACCCCAAGAAUAUGUUGUUUCACAUCAUAGUGAAGAAAUGGAAGCAUUAUUGUAGGACAGUCCCCCACAUUUUAAAGAUCAAUUUUGUAAACAGCAUGUAUAGGAAAAUGUCUUUCUUUUCAACAAAAAAUAAGGAAUUUUGAAAAUGCAUAUCAGGUCAAUGAAUAUUUUUUUCAUGUGAAAGGACUAUUUUGUGAAAUGGAACAUUUCUUUAAAAUAAGCUUAUUUUCCUCUCCUGUCACUCAAGUUCUUUGUUUAUCUCAGUUCUGCAACACCUUUGUUCCUUGCCCUGAUACUAUGACUAACUUUAUAUCUGCCAUUGCUAUAGUAAUAGACACUUUAAAAAAAACCUUAGUCCUAAAGGCAGGGACCGAACCUACUUUCGUAUUGUUAAGCUGUUGCGUAUUGGGACCCUUUCUCAGCUGAUAUGAUCACAGCAUACAUGUGAAAAUUAAAACAUACAAAUCUAUCUCAUGCACCUUUUACAUCAGCCAAAAUAAGAAAUUUGCAAAUCAUAGAUCAUCAUGUUUAAUGCUCAGCUCUUACCACAUAGGAUCUGGUUUCAGUUUCGGCAGCAGUAUUGCAGUGCAAAUGGCAAAGGCUAUAGUCUGGCUAAAAGUAAGAGGUCUAAAUUCUAAUGUCCGAAAGGGUAAACAAAGUGUGACGGUUUGGUAAGAGGUUCAUUAGUUAGGAAAGAACUGAACAGGUACUAAAAUUACAGGGAAAACAAGGGAAUAAAUGUUCUACAUGUGUGUUUAUUUUUCAAAAAAUAUGAAAACCUAAUUUUUAUUUUAGUAGACUAUGUAGAAGAGCUUCCUGAAACAGAUGAGCCUGUCUGGAUCUUAGGAAGGCAGCACCAUCUUAAAACAGGUAGGAAUGGAAGGAAGCUGUUUCUAAGGUCCACAAAGCUUUUGUGGAUGCUUAGUUUAAGCACCUCAUGUUUCUCACUUUGUAUUGUGCCCCGCUGUAUUAAUCUGUGUAGAGAGUAGAAAUCUUGGAAAAUAAAUUUGCUGUCUACAAUGCCCAGGGUACUAAUGCUGUAAACCAAAAUGACAUUUAGGGGAGGAUGCUAUCUAGAGAGCAUCCUUACACAAUAUACUUUUUUGUCAGGUUUUUCACAUGUGACUUGUGUUAUUUCUAGCAAUUGGAUGAUUACGGCCAAACAAUCUUUAUUUGAUAGGGUGGUCUUGACUCUUGAGAAAGGGAAUGGUAUUGUGACACUUUCUUGGGUGAAAAAACAGCUUGGGGGUGAUCAUGUGCUGAACAAGGACAGAUGGAAAGAGAUUUAAAGACCCUCUUAUCAGGAUUGCUCAAGAUUGUGGAAUGAGAGAAAUAAAGUAGGGGAAAGAAUAAUGGAACUCUGUUAAACAUGGAGUCAAAUGACUGAUAUAACAUGGAAUUUGAGAGAUCUGCACUUCUGCAGUGAACUGUGGAAGCAACUGCUCCAAAUAUUGACGUCUUUGGAAUACAAAAAAUUUGUGUAAAUUUGUAAUCUGAACUCCCUAUUUGUAAUGCUUUUUUAAUUCUAGAAAAAUCUAAGCUUCUUUUGGAUAUAAGUGCUCGUCUUUGGUUUACCUACAGAAGAAAAUUUUCACCAAUUGGUAGGUAUGCUUUCUGAGAUGUGUGGGUUCUUCCCCUUCCCUUUGUUUGGUUCUUAAAAAUAUGACCUGUGUAAAGGAAUGAACAAUUAGUUCAGGAUGACAGCAUUUGCAGCCUUUGAUCAUUUAGUGCAUGCUUUUUAAAAGUUUGCUGUAUCCGCUAGCCCUUGGUGGACAGAAUUACUUGGUACAGAACAGAUCCUGACACUUUUAGGCUUUUGCCUUGAUCCAUUGAGGCCUUUGCAGUCUAGCAAUUGCUUUGGGUAGCAUUGGUGGGACACACUUAGAUAUUUGUUGUGCUUCCUGACAUUGGGUUUGUUCCAAUCACCUUCCUUUAGGGGGCCAUCUGAACUGCCACCAGACUUUCAAAGACCUCUUGAUCUUCUACCCUCUCUUUUGUGGCUCUCAGUGAUCUUAUGCUAUGAGUUGGGUGUGGGUCUAUACUCUUACAUUUUCCAACUCAGUGUUCUCCAUAUGUUUUGGACUAAGAUUCCCAUCAGCCCCAGCCAGCAUGGUCAUUAUGCAGGCUGGGCUUGAUAGGGAGUUUUAAUCCAAAGCAUAUUGAGGUCGCGAGAUUGGGUAAGGCCGGAUGGCAUUAAUCAAACUAUCACAACAUUCUUCCAGAAUUUUGGAUUUAUGAUCCACAGCUUAGGUUAAAACCUACUUGUUGGUGAAUGCACUUCACUCGGUCCUCCACUGCAUUUUCAUCAUGCUAAGAAUUAUUCCAAUAGCAAACUAUUGUGGGUACUAAGCAGUUUUCUUUUAUGUGAAGAGAAAAAUCCAAGGAAGGGAAGCAUUCUAUGUUGUUUCUUUGGGUAAAUUCAUAAAUGUGGUGAUUCUUGACCCCAGGUGGCACCGGCCCUUCCUCAGAUGCUGGCUGGGGCUGUAUGCUGCGAUGCGGACAGAUGAUGUUGGCCCAGGCUCUGAUCUGUCGACACUUGGGGAGGGGUGAGUGUGGUCUUUCACCAGUAGAUUCCCAGAAUGGUCGUGGUUGUAGGAAUGAGAAAUGAGUGAGGGUGAGGGGUAUCUGAAUAUGUUUUAUAUUGUUUGGGGUGGGGCUUCAGUGCCUCAUCUAGUUGAUUCUAGAAAGACCAGAAUAAGUUUUGCAAAGAGAAAAUAUGCUAUUAUGUAUAGCUUUCCUAGUUAUAUUUUAAAAUCAGUUUUUUUCUGGUUCAGAAAUUAUAUUACCUGGUUCUGCAAUUGUAAUUCUUUUUUUAGUAGUAAGUAUGGUAUUUUAAUUUGUCUGAAUUAAUUUUAUGAUGUAUUUUAAUUAAUUGAUGCCUGUUUUUAUGUAUACUGUGUUAUUUAUAUGAUAUUAGCCGCUCUGAGCCCAGCACCAGCCAGGGAGGGUGGGGCACAAAUAAAUUAUUAUUAAUAUUAUUAUUAUUAAGUAUGCAACCCUGAUUUGUAACCAACAAUUUAGACAAUUACAGUAGCUAUCAUAACCAAAGGUAUAUAUGUAUCACCUACUGCCAUUGAACACUACUUUUCAAGAUUAUGAUAUGAUAUUUAAAAUCUAGAAUAAUUUUCUCUCUAAGAUUGGCAUUGGGAGAAACACAAAAGGCAACCUGAAGAAUAUCACAAAAUCUUACGCUGUUUCCUGGACAGAAAAGACUGCUGUUAUUCUAUCCAUCAAAUGGGUAAGAGUUGGCUUUGAGAAUUAUUUCUUCCACCCUUGUUUUUCAAACUUUUAGUGUACUUAAACUUCUGUUAGCAUAAUUUUAGCGUGAAAAAUGCACGUAUGCCUUCUAAUGCUAUAAAAGUUGCAAAUCUUGGUCAAAAGCAUAGCAGUUCAAAAGAGAAUAAGUUUUUGUAUGUGCACACACAAAUAUAGAAAUAAUAAUAAUAGGGUGAUGAGGCUGUAAUUUAGAAUACAGGUUCCCAAAUCAUUUGAUGUCAUGAGAGCUCCCAGGUAAAAGGCAUGAUUCUGAAAUGUGAGAUUCAUUGAGACAUAUGGACCAGUCCACUAAACCACAAUUUGUCUUUAUUCAUGGUUUAAUCAGGAACAUGCCUCUCCCUUGCUGUAUAGUUCCCUCUCAUGUGACUCAAAUAAGUCAUAUUAUGGCUUGUCAUGUGUUCUGAACUCUGAAGGUUUGUUCUUGGCUUCUUUUUGGCUUACUGCUAGUGGUCUGGGUUCAGACACUAUAGCAUUGCUGCUCGGCUUAAAUCAAGCUUAAAAUAUUUAGCUGAGGUUCUUAGUCUUGUGAUAACAUUCCAGUGUGAUCCUUGAUACAGAACAAGUUUCCAUCUCAUUUGUGUGAAGGUAGUCCCAAUUUCUAAUGGCUUUGGAAUGUGUGCAAUGCAGCCUAAAAGAAUGUGCCAUUCGACAGACUGAUGCUUCUUAUUUUUCUGUGUGUCUGUUUCUGUUUCUAAUCUACACAGCACAGAUGGGUGUUGGUGAAGGGAAGUCUAUUGGGGAAUGGUUUGGACCAAAUACUGUUGCCCAAGUGCUCAAGUAAGCAAGCAAGCAUGUAUAUCUUGUGUGGAAUUUAGAUGGAAUGGAAAGACAGUUUAGUUCCACUCAUUUAACAUUGAAACUCUGCUGCACUUUCAUAACAUGAAGGUUCUCCCUGGAGAUAAUGGUGGUGGUGGUGGUGAUGAUCAUUGUGCAUGAACUUUUAUGCACAAGCUUCCUGGCUUUGUUACAUUAACACCUGCAAUCGAUCGUGAUUGAGUCCUGAACCAAAUUGCUGUCCAGCUAUUUCACACAGCAAUCCUACUUUGUAUUUUUUUAAAAAAAUAAUGGUGAAUAACAGUCAACAACAGAGUUUCCUACUAUUUUCAGUUUUGUGUCCAUUUAGUCUUUGCAUGGAGACAGACUUGUUGCCCCAGGCAGAUGGUAGAAGGUCCUUGUUGGCAGAUGGUAGCAUAUAUUCACUGUGGGAUGAACAAGUGGAGCCUCUGAUGCCCCUUUUCCAGCACAGCACAUAGUUAUCAAUUUUAUCCAGAAUAUUUUUCUGAGGCAGGUUAGACUGAGAGAUAGUGACUUGCCCAAUGGUCACUCAUAGAGCUACAUGGCAUAGUAGGGAUUUAAAGCCAAGUCCCCUGAGUCCAGUUCACCAACCAUUGCAUGACUUCAGCUGUCCUCCAUAGGCUAUGCACUCCUAAUCACCAGACUAUCUCUUGCAUGAAUCAAGCAACGACUUGCAGAAUUGAUCCAUAUGAUAGAACAGGGAAGGCAAAACCCCUCUAGGACAAAGUUUCUAGUUAGCAUCACAACUUACUGUUGUGAUCUCUGGUUAGAUUUUGAAGCAGCUCAGUAUUCUGAGAUACGUAUUGUUCCCAUGUUAUAGAAUUUAUCUGUCAUUACUCGAAGCACUAAAAUUUAAAUUGCAGCUUUAAAAGCAUGGGGACCUGUUGAUUAAGAACAGCCUGAAAUUCCAAACCUGAUGUAAAAAUCCUAUUUUUAAGUAACAUUAAGCUGGAAAAGCAAUGUAUCUCUUCUGCAUAAGCAGUUAACAGGAGAUUGAACUAUGACCAUACUUGGGGAAGGUUAGUAGUGGCAACUGAAUAUUGGCAGAUAGAGAGAUAAAAAUUAUGUUAAACUGCCAGUCUCUUGUAUUAAUUUAGCAUAGCAACCUGCAUCUUCAGAACAUUUUCAGUAAAAACAAGCAGAACCUUAAUAAUUUGAAUCUCAGAAAUCAGGGAUCCAGAUUAGCACCUGCAACAAUAAAAAAUUAUCUCCUGUUUUUCUUUUCCUCCUUUAAAGCAGGUGUGGUCCUCCAGAUGCUGCUGAACCACAACUUUUGUCAUCCGUGGCCAUUGAACAUGCUUGAUGGGAAUUGUAGUUCAGCAACUUCUGGGGGAUCAAAUGUUCUCCAUAACUUUCUUAAUGGUUUUGUGCAGACCUUUUCCUAACAACAUUUAUUUAUUAUAUUUGUAAUCCUUGCAUCCCUGAGAGGCUCUUGAAAGUAGCUUACAACAGAUAUUUAUAAUGAAAAUCACAUUCAAGUCUUGUGUCAUUCAUUGUGCCCCUAUGGUACCUGAAUUAUUUAGGUGGCAUUUCCUGCCCUAAUCCUAAUCCUGCCAUAAUCUUCCCUGUUGUUGACCUUUGGCAUCAGCCUACUAAGUGCUAGAGCCCAGUGAUGUAUUCUGUGGCAAGGGAGUGUGGCUAAGCAACGGGAACUCACUCAGCCCCUGAUGGAGGCAAAUCUUCCCUUGCUGGCUGUUGCCAGUUCCCACUAAAGCCUGGGAUUGAACACUCACAGACAAUCCCACUACACUGGUGUGCAACUUUAUCCAUAUAUUUGUAAAAUGACCUCUCCUAGAAGUAUCAGUAAGCAUAAUAUCAUAAAAAUUGGUCAGACAAGUGGCAAGAUGUACAAAAGGGAAUAACUAGAACCUCUUCCUCAAAAGAUAGAACAUCUUAUUUAUUUAAGAGUCUUCCAGUCAUAUUGAAGGCAGAGUGUUGGCCUCUGAGUGGCAUGGAAUUUGGACUUACUACUGUCUGUUUCCCCACCCCAGGAAACUUGCACUAUUUGAUGAAUGGAAUUCCUUAGCCGUUUAUGUGUCUAUGGACAACACAGUUGUGAUUGAAGAUAUCAGUAAGUUAUAAGCACCAGCUGUUUAACAGAAUUUCUGAUUCACCCAGGCCUUAAACUGAAUUGGAAUUUAGCUCCAGUCUGAUUUUUAUUCCUUGGAAAAUAUGAAGAUCAGUACAAGCAUGCUUGGACACAGAUUGUCAGCUAAAAGAGGACUAGUUUCAGUCUCAGCCAUACCACAUGAGAAUCACCAUGCUACGUGUCACAAUGCAUCCGCUGAACGGUUUGAUUGCUAUUUUGUAAUCAGUUUCUUUAGAAAACUCAGGGUUUGCUUCUUUACCUGAGCUCUAAAACUUACAGCUAGCUUUUCCCUGCUUAUUCUAGUUGGGCAGACAGAAUCACCACAAAUUUCUUCUUAACUACUGGUUCCUUCUGUAAGGCAUGUCUUUGCUGUAACCCACAAGUAUUUGGGGACACUGAACUGAGUAUUCACUUCAUAGAUAAGGAUAAGUUGUGUGCACACAGGAAUGGCUCCCUCCAUUAAAGUGAACAGUUAAACUCAAGUGAAUGGACAAUUAGGUUUUAUUGUCUCUUAUUUCCCAGAGAAGAUGUGCCGGUUUCCAUCCCAGAACUGUUCCAGUACCCACUGCAGCUCCCUGUCACACAGGAGUGUGCUCAGCCGAAACAAGAGCCCUAUGGGGAUCUGCUGUGGUUGGAAGCCUCUGCUGCUGAUUGUACCUCUUCGCUUGGGGAUAAACCACAUCAAUCCGGUUUAUGUUGAUGCUUUUAAGGUACGGCUGUCUUAUAGUGAUUGAUUUGGUCAGCUUAAUAGGAGUGUUUGGAAAUGUUUUGAGCAGUUGCAGGUACUUUAAUAACUAGUGCGCAAACAUGCAUGGUCUGAAGGAGCACGAUGAAACAGCUUUGCUCAAGCUAAAGAGGUCUGGGUCUGUUUAGGCCUGGGGACUCUGUAUAUGCUGCCUUCAGUUCCAUCAUGGAAGAAAGGUGGCAUAUAAAUGUAAUAAAUCUCUUCUUCUUUAUCUUCUUCUUUCAAUCUGUAGGAGUGUUUUAAGAUGCCACAAUCUUUGGGAGCUUUAGGAGGAAAACCAAACAAUGCCUACUACUUUAUAGGAUUCUUAGGUAAGGAAAAAUAAGUGGAGUGCCAAAUAAAUAUUUUUGCUUCUGAAGGAUUAUUUUAAAGCUGCAUUUGCUAAGUAAUGCAGGUGGGCCUAACAGCCAGCUGCAAUAAGAGAGCAUAUAAAAGAUACUCCGUACUGCUUUAUAAUGCAUCGUAUACUCAGUACUUUGCUUUGAGGCUGAAGAGCCAAAGAAGUUGUGUGAUCAGGCUUCUGUCACUAGCUAGGAGACUGGGGCCACAGGGAGGUUUCACCCUUUGUCUCUCUGGAUGAGGACAAGAACCACCAACCGCUAUUCAGGAAAAAUACCAACAAUCAAUGAUCAGCCUGACUCAAAACCUUUAAUUACUUUGAUCAAAUUUUCACAAACAGUACAAAAAACCUGGCCCUUUCUCCAUCCUCUACCUCUUUCCUCCACUGCCCUUUCCUUGUGUGUUCUCCUAUUUAAUUUGUAAAUACAUUAGAAUAUAUAAUAUGAAACGAUGCAUGAAAUCUUCCCUCUGCAUGCAUGUAUAUUCGUGCGCGCGCGCACACACACACAGUCCUUUCUUAGGAAAAGUUCAAGAUAAUGGUAUCCCAUAUCUGUUAGUAGUUAUGGCUAAUGGCAUGGAUAGUUUAGUUCUUGAUAGAUAAAUGCAUCCAUUGAUCAGUAGGACUUUUAAAUAGAGUUACUCUAUGAAAAGGUGGUUAGCAGGCCUUUUUGAAUGCUAACUCCUCCCAUGUCCCCAGGAGGAAUAUUAGAUUGGGCCUCUAGUAUACUCCCUACCUCACUUCUUUGUUCUCUUACUCCUUUCUCUUUGGGGAGAAGUGAAUGACCAAAACAUCACUAUUUGUAUGUGGAUUUCCCCCUUAUUCUGGAAAGUUAAUUUCUCUUUGAAGAAGGGUUAAAAACCACACAUUUGUGUAUUCAGUUGUUCACUUUUCUCCACAAUGAAAACUUGGUGGGGAGGAGAUCAUUCCCAGUCUGUCCCCAGGGGAUGUGGAAAUGGUUAAAGACAAAAUUAUCAAAACUAAGGGUUUUCCAGUUUGUUGCUGUUAUUCUCCUAGAGUCAAGAUGACAAAAAACUGAUCAAGCAUCUCUACAAGACCGUGCUUUUGAGUGCACUCAGUAGUAUUGUGCUGUAAGUGUACAUAAGGACACUCCAGGCUCAGCCUGGAGGCAAAGGCAAGCAGAUCAGGCAAAAAGGCCCACAACAUUCUUUAAUAUACCAGAGAAAGAUUCAGGUGGAUAGCUGUGUUGAUCUGUCAUAGUUAUAAUAAAUAAUAAGAUGAAAGAUGAAAAAAUAUUUUUAAAUAAUACCAGUGGCACCUUUAAGAUCAACUAAAUAUAAGCUUUCAUGGUAUGAGCUUUCGUGUGUAAUACACACUUCAUCAGAGAAAGGUUAGGGAAAGCAUUUCCUCUAUUCAUAAAGCUUGCCACAAGACAUGCCCUCUCACAGCAUGGGACAUCAAAACAUGGGUAGGAUUGGGUGGUGAUCACAGUGGACAUGUUGCUAAUUCCCAGUUUGGAGAGUGAAGUUGAAAAUACAGAUUGCUCUCCUCUAGUCUACGUGAGAGCCUUUUGAGUUUGUGCUUAAUGAACAGCAGGUGCCUGUCUUAAUGGGGAUAAACUAUUAAGGUUAUUAAGUUUUAUCCAGAUAUCAUUGUGCUGACAAGUUGCAGUGUUGGGAGUAUGAGAGCAGAUGGUUUGAUCAGUUCAAAUCACUGUAUGAAAUCUAGUCCUUCCCCAAAGCAUUGCUUUGGCUUCUCCAGCCCACCUACUCUUUUAAGACCCUUCCUCCAAGCAGUUUGCAACCUUUCCUGUCCUAUGCAAGUCUUCCCCCAGCUCAUCUUUGGCUACUUAUUUUCUCUGCUCCAUCUCUUCUCUGCCCUCAUUCCUUUAGGUUCCUUCAACUCUCCUUCCUUCAGUUUCUUAUGUUUGAGCUUAGUUCCAUUUCCUUCAGUCGCCCUGACUCAUCCCAUCUCCCCUUCUGGUCCUUGGUCUCCCUGCCUCCCCAGCACUACUACCUCUUUGCCUUUCUACUGAUGUUAACAUCAGCACCCCUUGUGUUCAUAGACGCCAAAGGUCUCUUGCUGCCCCCUGCACUGCAUUGUUCCCUCCUUUUCAUUAUUGUGUAUCUCUUCUGCGGCUUAAUGGUAGAGCACAAAUUUGUGUGCAAAAAGGUCCCAGAUUCAAUAUCUGGCCUCUACAGUUAGGGCUUGAAUAGACUCUCGUUUGGGGAUCCUGGAGAGCCACUGCCCAUCACUGACAGCAAUACUGGGAUAGCUGGAUCAAUGGGGAAGCUUCCUAUAUUUCUAAGCCUCUGCUUCCUACCUUUGGCAGCUUCUUUUUAUUUUUCUUCUCAGUCCACUGUCUCGUCUGCCCUACCUCACCUACUGUUAAUGUCAAUACAGAGUGCAAGACUGAAUGGCUUUCAGUUCUACCCAUUUCUGACAAACUGCUCUUGUUUUACCCGCACAGGAAAUGAGUUGAUCUACUUGGACCCUCACACCACACAGAUUUUUGUAGAUUCUGAAGAAAAUGGUGCUGUAGAUGACCAUAGCUUCCAUUGCCAGCAAGCACCACAUCGGAUGAAGAUAAUGAAUCUCGAUCCCUCUGUAGCUUUAGUAGGUGUUGGCAGGAGUGGAUGUCUGUCACCCUGACCUGCAGCCUUGCACCCCUCUGGUCCAUACCCCACACUUUUGUCUCUUGUCUUCACAAUUGGAACACAAAUGCUGUCCCACCCUAUCAUGCACAGGCAGCUAACUUUACCUUAUGUCAAGGCCCCCUGGUUUGGUUACAUAUCUAAACUGCCCAAUAUUUUGUAUACUGGUUAAUUUAGCCUUAUGUGUUAAUGCCAUUUGUGGCCUUGCUCUCUGUGUUUGUUUUGUACCACUUCUGACUAUUGAUGAGGGACUUGCAUGACCAAUCAUGGGGGAAUUAUUAUAAUGUUCAUUCAAGAUGCCCUGAAAAGUAAUAUUUGGACAGCUGGAUCUUGCUCUUCCCCACACCAGACUUCUGACUGCGUACUUUUUGCCCCCAAAUUAUAUCUCACUUAAAAUAUUCCUGUACCUUCACAGGGAUUCUUUUGUAGAGAAGAAAAGGACUUUGAUAACUGGUGUAGCCUUGUGCAAAAGGUAAGCAUUAGGAAGCUUUUUAACUGGCAUAAGUUCCCCUUUAAAAUGAACCUCUAGGUACAUUAGGUGGGGUGAGAUGCAUGGAAUAAUAUAACCAAGGAGAGACUGUUUUAAAUUACUCCCCAUUGUGGCCCUCUCUGCUCAGCAACACAUUUCUUUGUACUGAUUUGCUAAUUGGUUCAGUGGUGGCAUAGGGAAAAUGGAUGGUGUGAGCCAGCAUGUGCCCCUGCAGCUUGCGUAGAGAGGUCAGCCAGGGCCCAAAGUAUAUUUGGAUCUAUUGCCCAGGUUACAUUCUGAUCUGAUACCUAAAGUGUGUGUGCUCCUGUGUCAUGUCUUCAUCUGCCAGCCCUGGUUUGUGAAUGAGACACGUUAUUGGUGUACAGGUGCCUGUUACUUAUGGGAUCUUCUCACUGUCCUGGUACUUGUUGAAAAGCAACCCAAUGGCAUUUGAGUGUGAGACUGUGGCAGACCACACUGCUUGGCUUUGGAAGUAAAAAAAUAAAUAGUUCAAGAUACAAUGUAAGCACCUUGUUGGAUCAGACAAAGGUCCAAUAAUUUAGGAAUAUUAAGUGUGAUCUGUAUGGAAGAGAACUCUGAAAUCCUGGAUAGCUUCUGCUAGUCAGCGUAGAUGUUACUGAGCUGGAUGGACCAACAGUCUGAUGCCGCAUAGGGCAGAUUCCUAUGUUCCUUACUAAGCCUUUCCUUGAAUAAGUUCUCCUUGCAGUCAUAGGACUUAAUGUGUGGCUUUGCAGAAAAAUAAAACCGAGGUGAACAUGAUCUGCUGCCUGAGUUUUGCUCAGCUAUAAGAGCUCCAGCUGUGCUUUUGUGAUGUUGCAAGAAUGCUCACAGAUAUUUCAGUCAUGAAAGCAUUAAAGUGUGAGCAUUGAUCAUUAGACUAAGAAGUGACUACCUAAAGGACUGCACAAGUGAUGGUGAUGAUUCUGUAGCACAAGAGCACAAACUGUCUGCUACUUCCCAUAUAAUUCAGCUAUGUUUUCUGGUUUUGUUAUUGCAGCACACAUUUAAAAAUGAAAUAUUGUUCUCCCUAGGAAAUACUUAAGCAACAGAGUCUGCGAAUGUUUGAGUUGGUUCAAAAGCAUCCACCGCACUGGCCCCCUUUCAUACCUCCUACAAAGCCAGAAGUAACCACAACUGGAGCAGGUACAGAAUUGUGUUUAACUUCUCCCCCCACCCCACCCCAGCAACUAUAUAUAUAUAUAUAUAUAUAUAUAUAUAUAUAUAUAUAUGGAUACAGAGAGUGAGAUAGAAUCUUGGUUUGUGAAGUAACAAAUGUUCCUAUCUAACCCUUCCCCACUUUUCCUCCCGGAGGCUGUAGCCAUUUCCAUAUGUUGCAACACAGCAGUGGCAUCUUAAAGACUUAGCAGUUUUGUUGUGACAUAAAGUUUUGUGGACUAGAGUGGGAUUUGUAGCCUAAAGAAGCUUAUGGCACUGUUAGACUUUGAAGGUACUGCAGACUUUUGUUGUCGUCCCUUCCUCCCACUGCUGUUCUCUUUCUGAAGUCAAUUUCAUGAUGUAUGAAGCUGUGUGCUCAGCCAAGGUUUUCACUAGAUUAACACACACUAAUUUGUCAUCCCUGGGAAUGGAAUCUUUUUUCCUUUUGUUAUGCUGUGACUUUUCUGGUUAUCUUGUAGUGAGAGCCACAUAGAAAUUGGUCCUAUGGAUUGGUGGUUAUGUGAUGGAUCCCAGUAAUGUCAGCAAGACAUUUUGUGGUUUGUUUAAAUCACAAUGGCACUGGAAUCUUUUCCAAAGUACUCUGAAGAUUCAGCCCAUCCUAGGAAAUUGGUGCACCCAGUUCUAGCUGUGGUAGAAGCACUCAAAAUCUUAAGUAAAUACAUAUAAAGCACAGUGCUGCUUGAGAGGAGUUAUCUCUGUCUCCCAACAGAUGGGAUCUAUUUGGAACUGGAAUUCCCUGUGAAACAGUAGCAGCAAAUGAGACUGAUGCAGACCUUGCAGAUUGAAGGCAGGAUUGUGGAGUGGGGUGGGGUGGGGUUCAACUGGUCUUCAUGUCAAAUGGAGUCCAUAAGCUCUGGAACAGGGGAUUUAAAAGGGAGAUGUGGUAAAUCAAGUGCCUUGCAUCAGUGUGGAAAAGCAGAAAAAAGGAUUGCACUAAUGCUGAUUUGGAUGCAAGUAGAAGGUCAUAAAAGUCUCUAAAUAUGGUGAAAGGCACAACAAGAACAAAGCUUGCUCUUUAAGGAACAGCAAGUUGCACUUUGCAGGUUGUAGACUGCAGGAAAGAGACCCACAGAAAUUUAUGUGUCACAAAGGCAGUUUUUUAAAAUGAAUCCUUGCUGAAGGUACAGAAAAGUUUGCUUUAAAACUGAGCCUUAAGCUUACAUGUUAAGAACUUUGGAUUGUGCCCAACAUAUCUCUGAUGAAGAAGGGAAGACUGUCAUUCCCACAUAUUCCAUGGGGCAAAAGUUAAAGGAGAACAGUUUUAAAAACAAAUCUUAAUCUAUCAUCUCCUUUCUUGAAACUUAGACAAUUGCAAUAAAUAGCUAAGCUUCCUUAUCUUUGUUACAUUUGGAAAAGUUUGACAUUUUAGUGUUUGUUUGUUUUUUAAUUAGGGAGGCUUGCCAUGGUAAAGUUUGUAAAUUUCUGCACAAAAGCCAGAGGUGCAUGCUCUUGAUAAUAAGUUGUUUUUUCCAUUUCCCACAGAGCUCAUUGAGUCCACUGACAAACUAUUUGAAUCGGAAGAAGAGUUUGAGAUCCUGAGCGUCUGAAGGAAGCUUCAGUUGACCUUAUGUGUGCCCAUGUGUAGCAUAUGAAUUGACUAAGACCACGGCAGCCUUUUCUCGCCCAAAAGUGCCUGCAUAUAAACAGUGAACAGAGCACAAAAAAUGACCAGUAACUGGAACUGAGGACAACAGUUUUGAAAAGAACUUCCCAGAAGUGCAAGUGGACAUACCCCUUGCCCCAACCCCCCACCCCCACAGUUUUUUAAGAAUGUAUCUUGCCUGAGGAAAAUGAACUUUUGGGGGAUGAAAGCAAUGAUGAUAUUGAAGUAAAGACUUUUAUAUUGCUGGGAACUGCCUUGAAGGCAUUGAUAUCUGGAUGGCUAUUAUUACUCAGUGUAGUAUAAUGCAAGAGUUCUGUUCACACUGAAAGCAUGAUGUAGAGGUAAAGGUGUGUGUUUACCUCUUGUUUCUUCACCUGGACUGUUUCAUAGGAAUAAAUGUUUUUAUAAGAUCAACCGCAUCAGGGAAAAAAGACCCAAUGGUUUUGUUUAAAUACAUUUCUGCAACCACACUUCAAAAAUAAACAGACCUAAAUGUUUCUAUGAAAGGAACUGUCUAAUAGAUACAAAUUUUGCAAUUGUCCUCCUGUUUCUAGGAGUUAAAUAAAUGAAUGGGGGACCUGGAGGGCAACCCUCCAGCCUCCUAGCCUCUCCCCACUUGCACUCCUGGAAAGGAAGUGAAGGUUGGAGAGUGCCAGGAGCCGCCUGCUCCCUUGGUAUGUUCCUCCUCCUCUGUAAUUUUCAUGACAUAUUUCACCUUGACCUUAGGUUUAAAUCAUUAUGGAAACUUUCUACUUUGGUUUUUGAGUAAAAAAAAGUAAUUUGUUUCAAACUGUAAUUGUAUUUAUUUUAUAAUAUUUACAGUUUUCUCUCCUCUGUAAGAGCACUUUACAUGUGCAUCUAAUAAAUUUCUUAAACAUUUAAUAAAUUAAAUGCUAGAUUU